GAAGUGAUAUAUCAACUAACUAUUUAUUCUUGUUAUAAUUAGAUCAAUCAUGAUUCAAUCAUUAUGAUAUUAUUUCAUCCACAUUUAACUUUGAAAUUGCAGAUAUGGCACCUAGGGGGUGGAUGUAGUAGAUAUUCUGGAAAAAGGACAGCAGAUCCAGUGGCAUCUCCUCUAAUGUCGAGUUUGGCACGUGAUCAAGCACCACCAUUGCCUGAACUGCCAACACCAGUUAUGCCAGAUUCAGUUGCAGUCAACAUAUCGGGACCAUCUUCAUCUGUGGGGAUCGAAAUACCAAGGAAUGACAUUGUAUCCACAACUUCGUCAAAUACAACUGAUGGUACCCGCAUCCCAAGUGAAAUCGUCAUGGGACGUUUGGAGCCAAGUAACAAUGUAUCUCUGGCGAUCACAAAUAUCUUUAAGGAAAAUUGGAUCCUGAAGGACAUGAUUGGAAGUCAGUUACACCAGAGAUUAAGGACUUCUACUGGGAGGAGUUUAAGAAGCGAUUCCAUUGGAAUAUUACAAUUGAAGGUUCCAUAAAGGAUCAUUUCAUGAAAAAAUGUUCAAUACAAUACAGGGGUAUGUU